AUGGAAGUAUUGCACGAAACCCCGGUAUUAAAAUUUAACGUAGAUACUCUACAGUAUCUUAGAAAACAAUAUGAUUUGGACAAACCGGAGAGAUUGGAAGAAAGUAUUAAUCAUUUGAUUGAUUGGCUAAAGAAACAAGACCACUUUUUGAAGAAAGAUUAUUCUAGGGAAUAUUUGGAGAGGACACUCAUAAUAUCUAAAGGUUCCAUAGAAAAAUCAAAAGUGAAGUUAGAUAAAACUUGCACGCUUAGGAGCUUAGUACCUGAAUUUUAUGAGAAUUUUGACAUCCAGAAUUCUCCAUUAUUAAAUGACAUAAGUUGUUAUUUUUUACCAAAAAUGACGAAAGACUAUUACAGAGUAGUAAUAUAUAAUAUCAAGGGGCAACGUUUCGAAGCUGGUUUUCUAGAUAUUUAUAGAUACUGUAUUAGGAUAUGUGAAUACCUUCAAGCUAAUGAUUACUCCACCGGUAUAAUAGGAGUUUUUGACUUCACUGACACCAACAUCAUGGAUAUGCUAAAAGCCGUUAAUAUGUUCGAGUUACUAAAGUUUUCUUCCAUUAUAAUUUGGCUAGUAUAUAUGGUUGCACAUCCGGAGGGGUUCGAGGGGUCUUGUGUUCGAGUUCUGGGUCGGACCAAGUUUAGUUAUGGAGUCUUCUCUUUGUUUAGUGUAGUUGGCGGUCUUUCACCCUCGUGCCUUGGAGAGCACGUUAAGUCGGUCCCGCGCCUUAACUCUCACUGGUGGUGUCGAGUAUUCGACCCACUGGAACAUGGGGGAUAUGGGAUGAGAUUAAAAGGCUUGUAUUUUAUAACACCUUCAAAAGCAAUUGACGCAAUUGUUUCAAUUGUAAAACAAGCUGUAAGUUCAAAGGUAUCCCAACGAAUAGCAGUCUGCAAAGAUAUGGAACAAUUAAACAAUAUAAUUCCGAAAAUUGAUUUGCCAGUUGAUUACGGUGGCAAAGAGAAGUCUAUAACGGAACUGAGUAAUAAGCUUAAAAAAGAGUUAAGUUCUAAAGAAUUUAAUGAUUACUUUAAUGAAAUGAAAGAGGCCUGCACAGAUGAAUCAUAUAGAAGCAAAGAAAACUUCAACGAUCAAUGUUUGGGCAUGCCGGGCUCGUUUAGAAAAUUAACUGUGGAU